AUGCAUAUUCCUAAUGAGCAUUCUCCGGCAAUAACGCAUUCGAUAUCGCAUUUAAAUGUUCCAUUUAUCGGACCACCAAACUUAAAUUUUAAUUCGGAUUUGAUUGGCUUCGCAUCCAAUCCAUCACAGAGAGUGGUGCUAAAUAGUCAUAAAGAAGCGAAUCCAAUGUCGGUCUUUGGAUAUGUGCUAAAGAAUGCUUCUAAGGACUUGGGACGUACAGUUAAGACGGCUGCGGACGGUGAAUUACGAAAUGAAUUCUCGAUGUUCGCACAAACCACAUCUGCUCACGGCAUUCCUAUGUUACAAUUCGAAUCGGCUGCAUUCCCAGCAAUUACGAUUUGCAAUCUCAAUCCCUUCAAAAGGCACCUCGCAAGAACAGUUCCAGAAAUUAGCGAUACGUUGGAUGCGUUUCAUCAAGCUGUUACAUACAGUAAAGAUGCUGCAAGUCAUUUCGCUUCGAAUCGAAGCAAAAGAAGUACUGCGGAUGAUCCCUAUCCAGGCGGGUUUCGAUAUGUGCAGUUCGAACCAAUUUUAUCGGACUGUGAUUGCUCACUGGAAAUCGAUCGUGAAUGUAAGCAAAAGGAUACGGUACCAAUGAGUAAUUAUUCGCUUUGUAUUUGCAAUUAUGAUCGGCAAGAUUCAUCGGCAUGGCCUUGUUUCAAUUCAACUUCUUGGUUCGAAUCGACGUGCCCAGAUUGUAAUGAUAUCGGUUAUUGUAAUUUGCCUGAAACAAAAGGCUCCAUACAUUUGCCAUGUCUUUGUCAAAAGUACGGUGGUUACUGUCUUCUCCGACCGUAUCGUUUGAAAAGAAUUUGGGAAUUUCGUGGAAAGGCGAUACCCGAUAUAGGGUCACCGUUUCGUGCUGAUUUCCUCGAACAGCUGAAACAACUUGGUUACGAGAAUAUGACUGAUGAAGUGGCUAUUACAACAAAAACAAAAGAAAGGUUAGUGUUAACAAUGGCUGGACUGCCGGUGCAUCGAAGAAUCGCUUUAUCGUACGGUAAAUCAGAAUUCAUUCAAAUGUGUUCAUUCAAUGGACAACAGUGCGAUAUUAUCGGUGAUUUUAAAUUGCACGUCGAUCCUGCGUUCGGUAAUUGCUACACGUUUAACGCUAAUCGAAAGAAUCCUUUGGUCAGUAGCCGCGCUGGACCGGGUUAUGGUGAGAUUUGUAUUGGCCUAAGGUUGAUGGUCUUUGUGAAUGCGACAGACUAUCUGCCAACUACUGAAGCGACUGGCGUACGAAUCGCUAUUCAUGGCCAGGACGAGUAUCCAUUCCCAGAUACGUUUGGUUAUAGUGCACCUACGGGUUCUGUAUCUUCCUUCGGCCUUUCAGUGAGGAAAGUGAAUCGGCUUUCUCAUCCGUAUGGAGAUUGUGUUCCAGCGAAUCGUCCACUUCCUGACAACUAUAUUUAUAAAAACUAUAAAUAUGAACCUGAGGUUCGUUCGGUACUUCUUGCAUCAGUCAGUAUUUUCCUGCAGUAUUUUAAAACCACUCGCAACUUUUCGGAAAUGACUCGAUUGUUACCAAAUGCUUUCUCUGAAUUGGAAAAGAAUAUCUCUGAUUGUAAGAACAACCAUGCGGCAAUGAUCGAGAUUUAUUACGAACAAAUGAGUUAUGAAACGUUGACUGAAUCGGUUUCGUAUCUGGUUGUCAACCUAAUAUCGGAUAUCGGUGGUCAGGCAGGACUGUGGCUCGGCGCAAGUGUGAUAACAUUAUUCGAGAUGAUCGUAUUCGUAUUUCGGAUUCUAACGAUUUAUUGUCGUCGUCGAAGUGACCGUAAGAAGAGUAUGCAGCAGGUGAAUGGUGGGAUGGCAUGCGAUAGUCGAGCGGAUAACAACGGCGAUAAAGAGAAAAACACCUCAUCAUGUAACCUCGACAAGCAACCAAUAAUUCAAAUGGAUGAAUCAAGCAAUGAAGAUGACCAUGUAAAAGACUACAAUAGAGAUAACGAUAUGAACUUGCUCAAUGAAAACCAGUAUAAAAUAUCGAUAUAUACUUAA